AUGAGGUGGUAUAAGGGCUUUAACCCAUGGAUGGCCACGGUGAAAUCCACGAUGGUGUGGGUGCAGCUACCGGAUUUACCAAUAGAGUUUUUCAAUAAAGAAGCAGUUAUGCGAAUCGGAGCUCUUAUUCGGAAACCUAUUCGAGUGGAUAGGGAAACUGAAGAGGGAGCAAGAGGCAAUUAUGCUCGGGUAUGUGUGGAGGUGGAUCUCUCAAAACCAUUGCUUGCAAAAUAUAAGGUUGAGGGGAUUAAAUAUCAUAUUCAGUACGAGGGGUUGGACGGGAUUUGUACUGAGUGCGGAAGGUAUGGGAGAUCUACUGACCAGUGCAAUUGUAAGAGCCUCAAACUAAAGAGCCAAUGUCAGACACAGUGGAGAUGCUCCCUGAAACUCCCACGAAGGAGACAAUGCCAGAACUGGCUUAUGGCGACUGGAUGA